GAACGUUCAAUCAAAGCAAGUCUGUGAAUCGUACGAGUCGUGCGCAGGUCCGUGAGUCGUGCGCCCGCCUCUUUUGAAAUAAUACUUUCUUUUGUGUUUAAAUAAUUUGUAGCGGUGUUAACGGUGCUAUGCCUCAUAAAAAUAAUCACAAUUGUCCAUUGGAGAUUCGCGACGUUGAGCAGGAUGUGGCUGAGAUGCUCAUGAAAUUUUUCACAGGCGAACACACUGGUUUCGUUCGGGUGGGACCCAAAGGAUAUUUUCUUCCUAAUAAGUUUAAACAGGAAGCUGCUAAUAUAUACAAUAUGCCCCUUAGAUCUACAGACGUCUUCGUAGCUAGCUACCCACGGUCUGGUACGACAUGGACACAGGAACUGGUGUGGAUGGUCGUGAAUGAUUUAGAUUACGAGAAAUCCGAUGCUAUUCCUCUCACUGAAAGAUACCCUUUCUUAGAGUUUUCAGUUUACGUCCAUCCAAUAUUGAAGCAGCGUUUCGUCUCUGAGAACAGUCACAGUGAAGAUAAAUUAAAGCUACUGGAACAAGUGACGCAACCGGGCACAGAACAACUAGCGACGGCCCCAUCACCUCGCUUCAUUAAAACACAUUUACCGCUCUCCAUCCUUCCGCCAAACUUGCUGGAUGUCGCGAAAGUUGUCUACGUAGCCAGAGAUCCAAGAGAUGUUGCUGUCUCCUUCUAUCAUCUGAACAAAGGAAUGAGGACGCAGGGAUACAUCGGCGACUUCAAAACCUAUUGGCAGUUCUUCAUUAAAGAUUUACAUCAUUGGACACCAUAUUUCGAACAUCUUAAAGAGUCGUGGGAGAAGAGAGAUCAUCCUAAUAUGCUGUUUUUAUUUUAUGAAGAAAUGUCAAAGGAUCUUUCCGCCACUGUGAGACGUGUUGUUGACUUCUUUGGGAAGAAUUACUCCGAGGCGGAGAUUAACAAGUUGUGCGACCACCUGAGUAUUGAAAACUUUAAGAAAAAUAAAUCAGUGAAUUAUGACGUCAUGAAAGUGCUUGGCUUACUGCAAGGAGGAAAAGAUAAUUUUAUAAGAAAAGGUAAAGCAGGCGGUUGGCGCGAAUAUUUCGAUGACGAGAUGACAAAAGAGGCCGAGGAUUGGAUAGAACACAACUUGCAGGAUACGGACUUCAGAUUCCCCCAUCUGCAACAUUCAUGAACACAUCGUUUUAUGUACUUUUCGAACAGACCAAAAUUUUCGAUUGUCUAUAAAAAUUAUGUAAAUAAUUAUUUUAUCAGCGCUGUUUGAGGACUUAGCAAGGGCUAGCUAUAUAUUGACGAUUCUUCUAAACUAUGUGAAAAUUUUAAUAUUAAUACCGUAGCAUAGUAACAAUGGUUAAAUAAUGUGAUAAAGUGAAAAAAGUUGUUUAAAUUUUUGUUCUUAUCAAGCGGCGUAUAUAAUGUGUAUGUAUGUACUGGCAGCGACCACUGGCUGUUAUGUGUCAAGAGAAAGGUUGUUCAACGGUCAGUGUGCUAAAUACUUUCACGUCUUGGACGUUUUACAUUCUGUUAUUAUAUUUGAUAUGUAUUCAAUAAACACCAAAAUAAUAAGAUUAAUAAUGAGAAUAGAAAUGGUUGCUGUGUAAUUUUCUGCAUAUAGUUAAGGUUAUUUAAACUUCCUUUCAUAAAAUAAAGGCAAGCUAUUUUAUUGACAUUAUUUGUAAUUUUUUUUUUAAUAUAGAUUUUUGAUUUAGUUUAAA